UUAUUAUCGUGAUGACAGACAUUUAUGGAACUCCAUAUACUAAUGACGAGAGUGAUUUGCAAUUUAUGAAUACAUGUAUACAAGAAGCCAACAAGUCAAUACCUGCACCUGCUGCAUACUGUGUAGGAGCUGCUCUCGUAAAACAAGGCCAAUUACUUAGCACAGGAUACUCUCGUGAAUUACCAGGAAAUACACAUGCAGAAGAAUGUGCAUUAGCAAAGACAACUGUAGAUCCCACAGGAGCAACCAUGUACACAACAAUGGAACCUUGUUCUAAACGACUCUCGGGUAAUCGGCCUUGUGUGGAUCGUAUUAUAGAAGCCAAGAUCAAACGAGUGGUCAUGGGUGUACGUGAACCUCCUGAUCUGGUAAAUUGCGAAGGCGUUGCUCUUUUAGAACGACAUGGGAUCGAAGUAGCGAUUGUUCCUGGAGUAGAAGAAGCAUGUUUAGCACCCAACAGACAUAUUCUUUCAAAACAAUAAACA